AAGAGUCCUGUCUACUCCGGCCGGAGAGAGGUAACGCUAGCCCAGCAGUCAUCAUAGCAACUGCUCGGGCGUCAACCACGUCGCGCACAGGACUACCGGUCCCUUAGGCUGCCCCUCGUGAUUUACAGCGACACCGGCACACCUACUCCGGUCUCGGUUUCAUAUGACCCGCACAAGAUGCAAUCGGAGGAUGCACGGUAUCUAAAACGGAAAGUGCGGUGCGGGAAUGUGGAAGUUCACCCUACGGAGAAGGCGUUGGUGGUUCAGUAUGAGGUGGAGGCGAGCGUUCUUGGCGAGACCGGAGACGAGGUGCUGGGUGACCGCAAGGAGUGUCAGAAGAUUAUCCGCCUGCGGAGCCUGAGCUCCUCCACAGACCUCUCCUCGCUGGCCAGGAAGGUGGUGGAGGAGAGCAGGCUCCUCCCCUCCUCCAGGCUGGCAGAGGUGGAGCAGCUGCUGUUCUACCUGCAGAACAGGAAGUGCUCUGGGACAGUACCAGAGCAGAAGGAGCAGAAGGAGGUGAAGCCCAGGGACCUGACGCCCUUCGAUGGGAUGGAGCUGAAGGAGGAGGCCAGUAUCAGUCAGGUGGAGCAGUACGUGGAGAUGCUGUACGAGGACCUGGAGGACAAGCUGAGAGGAUCCAGGCUGCUGCUGCAGCUGGCGCGCAACCCUGACAACCUGGAGGAGUUACUGCACAACGAGACCGCUCUGGGGGCUUUGGCCAGGGUUCUGAGGGAGGACUGGAAGCAGAGUGUGGAUCUGGCCACCACCAUCAUCUAUGUGUUCUUCUGCUUCUCCAGCUUCUCACAGUUCCACGGCCUGGUGACGCACUACAAGAUAGGAGCUCUGUGUAUGAACAUCAUCGACCAUGAGCUCAAGAGAUACGACAUCUGGCAGGAAGAACUGCAGAAGAAGAACAAGGCCUGUGAGGAGGACCCGGAGAGCGGUGCAGCCAGGAAGGAGCUGGACAAGACCAACAAGAAGUACCAGGGGCUCCUGCACAAACAGGAACAGCUGCUCAGAGUCUCACUGUACCUGCUGCUGAACCUGGCAGAAGACACUCGCACGGAGCUGAAGAUGAGGAACAAGAACAUGGUCCACCUGCUGGUGAAGGUGCUGCAGUGGGAGGAUGAGGAGCUGCUGGUGCUGGUGGUGUCCUUCCUGAAGAAGCUCAGCAUCUUCAUGGAGAACAAGAACGACAUGGCGGAGGUGGAUACCGUGGAGCGAUUGGCCCGGCUGGUACCAUGUGAACACGAGGACCUGUUGAACCUGACCCUGCGCCUGCUGCUCAACCUGUCCUUCGACAGGGGGCUCCGCUCUAGGAUGGUGGAGACAGGCCUGCUGCCCAAACUCACCAGCCUGCUAGAUGAUAAGAGCAACAAGCAGGUGGCCAUGUGCAUCCUCUACCACAUCAGUAUAGACGACAACUUCAAACCCAUGUUCUCCUACACGGACUGCAUUCCCAAGCUGAUGAGGAUGCUGUGUGAGCAUGCAGAGGAUCGCAUCCAUGCUGAGCUCGUCUCCUUCUGCAUCAACCUGGCAGCCAACAAGAGGAACGCACAGCUCAUGUGUGAAGGUAACGGGCUGAAGCUACUGAUGAAGAGAGCUCUGAAGCUGAAGGACUCUCUCCUGAUGAAGAUGAUCAGGAACAUCUCCCAGCACGAGGGGCCUUCCAAACACCUCUUCAUAGACUAUGUGGGGGACCUUGCAGCCCAGAUCAGAGCGGAGGGGGAGGAAGAGUUUGUGAUGGAGUGUCUGGGGACGCUGGCUAACCUGACCAUCCCUGACCUGGACUGGGAACUGGUGCUGAGGGAGUACAACCUGGUGCCCUACCUCAAGGACCGCCUCAAGCCAGGCUCAGCAGAAGAUGACCUCAUCCUGGAGGUGGUGAUCAUGAUUGGGACAGUCUCUAUGGACGACUCCUGUGCGUCCAUGCUGGCCAAAUCUGGAAUCAUCCCUGCCAUCAUCCAACUGCUCAACGCCCAGCAGGAGGAUGAUGAGUUUGUGUGCCAGAUCGUGUACGUCUUCUACCAGAUGGUGUUCCAUCAGGCCACGCGUGAUGUCAUCAUCAAACAUACACAGGCGCCCGCCUACCUGAUAGACCUGAUGCACGAUAAGAACACCGAGAUCAGGAAGGUGUGUGACAACACUCUGGACAUCAUCGCUGAGUACGAUGCUGAGUGGGGCAGUAAGAUACAGAGCGAGAAGUUCCGCUGGCACAACGCCCAGUGGCUGGAGAUGGUGGAGAGCCGACAGGAGGCGGAGCCAGCGCCGCACGGAGAUGAGUCUCACCUGGAUCGCCCCGACCUCUUCUACAGCACAGAUGGGAUCACUCCUGCUGAUGGGACAGUUAGUCCCGACUUCUUCAGUCUCCACGACCAGAAUGGAGACUCACACUCAGGUGAUGCUUAUGGAUUUGACCAGUCAACCUCGUCUCCAGGGCGACCAGCAACGGCCUACGGUUUUAGACCUGACGAACAGUUCUACUACCAAUACAACAAUUCUAGAUGAACACACAUACACGUGUGCACACAUUCAAGCAGGCAUGCCACCACAAACCACCCCAGCCACACAAGCAUGCAUACAAACACAGACAUUAAAUCCAGUACAAGUACACACACACACACAAACAUGCAGGCCAACACACACUCAAAAAGGCUUCCAUGCAUGUGCUCCACGUUUAAUGCUGUGAACUAAAACAGGGUUGUAAAACAGGAACGUUUGGCGCUAAGCAACCACGUCAAGUCUACUCUUUACACUGUAACAGAUGACCACCUGACUGGUCGUAAGACUAGUUAUAUUUAUACUACCUAGGAGGACUAGUUAUUGGGGCAUGGGUGUAGCUCAGUGGUUAGAGCAGUGGUUGACUGCUCAUCGAUAAGUUGCUAAAUGAACACAUUAUUGUUGUGAUUGUGUAUAUAACCAGGUAGACUAGUUAGAGGUAGACCCUGUGUAGCUAACACGGUGAAGCUGAUCAGCUGACAGUAUUGCAUGGCAGGUGUGUGGCGGAGAGUGUGUGUGUGUGUGGGUGAAAGUGUUUGGUGUGAGAGUGUGUGUGUGAAGGCGAGAGUGAGUGUGUGUGUGUGGGUGAGAGAAAGGAUUGCUCUACUGUAAUGCUGAGCAGCUUCCUUCAUAGAUACAGUAGAAAAACUCCUGUAGUGAGGAGGAGGGGAGGAGAAAGAGAGGGGGGAGGGGGAGAGGAAGUUGUAUGGUGUGCUGGAUGAGGGAGGUGGAGGGUGACGAGUGACUAUGUUGGUGUAUGUGAUGAAGAGGAUGAUACUGUACUAGAAGGUUGUAAGUUCCUCCUCCUCGGUGGACGGUGGAUGUAUGAAGAUAUUCACUUCUACUCUCAACCAGGACAUCUUUAUUCAGGGACACACCUGAUCCUUACCACAUCGCUGCACCCCUAGAACUACAACUGCACUGAGGCCUUUCACCAGGAAGUGUUUGGUUAUGAUGAUGUGUUCCUCUACUACUGCUUGAUGUAUUUAGUUUGUUAUUGAACAUUUUGCAUGUUUCAUUAGUAUCUAAUAAGCUGUAAGCUGUUAUUUUCUAUAUGAGGGCUUCAUGUCUUAAUAAAACAUCAGACUCA